UGAUAUUUUUAUGCUGAUAAUGAUAAACUAAAGCGAAAAUUGCAUAAAUGAAAGAUUUUAGAAUAAAUAUCAUAAUUAAAACUGACCAAAAGGUACUAGGUGCUCAUGUUCAUAUGAAUAGAAUGGUAACGUGAAUAGCUAUUCGCUUUCCGGACUUGAACAUGAGGUAUGUGCAAGGAGGGGUGUGGCUUUAUAUGUCAAUAUAUCUCUGCAUUUGGUAGUAAAGUUUGAUUGUGUUAACCGCAAGUUAGCAUGUGCGAUAUAGUUUUCUGUUAUCAACUCAAACAAAUAUUUAUUUAACUAAUUAUCUCCAGGGUUGCCCAAAACGAAUCGAAUAAAUAUCAAAGUAUUCGAAUACCUUUUCGUCUGAUUUUUGAAUAAUCCUGAAUAAUGGCCACUUUUCGCCGUAAGCGUGGUGUUCGUUUUCAAGGGAAAUCUUAUUUGUUGUAUCUAUCGUAUUGAACCUCAGCACUCUAUUGCUUUCUCUCUCCACUGCAAACCAAAUUUUCCAUAGGGGACUUUUAAAGCUUCCUCUAUGCAAAUCCAAUCGUACGUUUUUUGUACACAAUUUUUACCAUCUAAACAAGACUCUGUGUGAGCAAACACUGACCCUUUUUAUGCUCUUUCUAAUCAUUGCCAACUUCCUUUCUUAGAUAACAAACAUGUUUAGUUUAAAAUCGGAACUGUUUAAAAAACAACAAGAGGUAACUUCUAAAAAAUCUGGUCAAAUAGUUACAUCGGCAAUCAGAAAACAACAUAAAUUGAAAAGUUCUUCAAAUGGGGAGGGGAAAGUACCUGAAAAUGAGAAGAAUCCGGGAGUUGAAGAACGUAACGCAAGAGAUAUUGCCGAAACAUCUGAAGAAAUAGAUAAAGGGAAAAUGGUGAAAUCUGUGCUGGAGGCCAAAGCCAAACUCUAUGAGAAAAUGUCAUCAGGAAACCUGUUGCCAGAUGAAGAGAGUUCUUCAUUAUUUCUGGUUGAUUUUGAGCAGAAAUCCAUGGAUGCCAGAUUACAGAAGACAAAUAAUGAACUUGAUAUCAAACCAAGAGUUGGAAUAAAUGUGGCAACAGAGUUAGCUUCUGAACUCCAGAAAUCAGAGAAUGAAUGGGUCGAAUAUACAGAUAGUUUGGGUCGGACGAGAACGUGUUUGAAAAAAGAUCUGGACAGAAUGAAAAGAAUGGAUGAAAAACUGAAUGAAGAAAAGAGAAGAAAACUGGAAAUACAGGAACCUGGAGAGAGAACAUUGCUGUCUGAUGACAUGCGACGUGAAAUAAAGCGUGAACAAUGGGAGAGAGAAGCAGUAGAAGAGAUCAACAGACCACUACAUUACGAGGAUUUACGAGCAAGAGAGAUUCGAGAACUCGGCGUCGGAUAUUUCGCAUUUUCGACCGAUCAAAAAACAAGAGACACACAGAUGAAACUUCUUCGUAAAAUGAGAGAUGAGACGCAAAAGGAAAGAGAAAAUGCCAAAGACGCAGAGAAAAAGAAACGAACAGCGUUGCAAGCGAGAUUAGAAAAAGUUCGGUUGGGGAGAAUUAAAAAAUUAAAAGCACAAGGAAAAGAAAUUCCUGAAAAAUUAUUAAAACCGAUUGAACUUUCACCACCAGAGGCAGAAGAAGAAAAACCCACACAAAGUGAUGUCACGAUAGCUGAAAUCACGAAGGAGAUGGAGAAAGGAAGAGAGUGAUAAAGGAAAAGAUGGUUGCCCGCAGAACCUACAAAACCACCCAAAAGUUGGAAAGAUCCUCAUGAUGAGAGACUAGAUGAAUUUGCCCCUCCAUCCUUCUACUAUGACACAAGGAUCAUAAUAAUAAAUAAAAGGAAAUAUCCGCAAAAUAACACACACCCAAUUAACCCUUUGAGUACCUCAUAUAGUGAGAGUUUAACCCAUAUUAGACACGGCAAUUCCCAGAGCACAUCCAAUAGGACAGACAGUUCUAGUAUAAAAACUGAAGAAAAAUUGGGGGACCAAUUUGGUAUUCCGAACACUUUUGGACAAAAAACAAAUUUUUCAUCAAAUUCAACUUCAACAAAUUCUAUUAUUUCCACAGAUGUACGGGAAAGAACUGAUAGAGUUCUGGAUUAUCUUACUACUUCUGGUAUAAAACAAGAAAAUUCUGAAUCUAGUCUAAUUUUGGGUGAAAAUAACCCUGAUUUAGUUAAAAAAGAACCAAAAAGGGAUGAAAAAAUUGUAGAAAAUGAUGUAAAUAUGUUUGUUCCUACUGAUAAACCAAUAACAAUGAAAAUUAAGCAAGUGCCUAAAAAAUCGAAAGUUUUGGUGUCAAAAUCUGCGUUUUCUGAUGAUUGAUUUCUGUAUAUUUACUGUGAAAUUUUUUGUUUUUUUCUUGGGGGUUCUUUUCCAAUGGGUGUCAAAGGUCAUUUUCAAUGGGGGGACAAAAUUGCUGCCACCUACCAUCAUGUUAAAUGCAUUGAAAGACACUAUUAGUGAUAAAUCUCCUUUAGUUAUUAGGGAUGGGCCGAGAUCCGGACUCGGAUUCGAGUCGAAUCCACGCAUUUUUUGGACUCUGAUUCGAUUUCGAGUCCAUGUCAUUUUUACAGAGUCUAUAAUCAAUACUGUUUUUACUAAUUUACGCCUAUGUUUGUACUUUUACCUCUAUAAAUCUCAGCACAUACCCUAACUCAGGGGUGGGCAAAUUACGGCCCGCGGGCCUAAUCCGGCUCGUUGGGGAAUUCAAUCUGACCCGCCUGAUGCUGCCACAACCAAACUAAAACCAAAUUUAGAUGCCUUAGCUAAAAAAAAAAAUAGCCCAAGAAAUUUGUUGAGAUCGUGACUAAAUAUAGUUUUGGCAAGAAGCUUCUUUUUUUCCACUUUUGCUUUUGUAACACUAUAAAUAUUGUGCAUAAAAUGUAUCCUUUUACGUCACAUUUACAUGGCCCGACAGUCUAGAUGGGCAAAAUUUUUGGCCCCUGGUCCUGCCCUAACCAAUCAAAACGCAUAUUAAAAACUAUUGAUCGCUUAUAACAAAGCUGUCGCCUUCAAAAACUAUAUAUCCUUUUUAGUAUACAUGUGAACAUUAGCGCAAUACUUUUGAGUCUUCGAUUCGCGUAUGAUGAAACAUGCUCUGGAUCAACCCAGGGGGGGAAUUUAUUUAUACCUCUUUUAAAUCGAGUUUAUUAUGUGUAAUCUUUUCCCUGAAGAGGGAGCAAUUGAAAACCUGGAAAAUUUUAGAAUUUUUGCAUGCACUACUAAAUUUCAAGCAGAUGUACAACAUUGUAUUGGCAUGAGUGGCAUCUACUAUUUGCGCACGCGACAUAGAAGUAUAUGGAAUUAUGUAGGAGCAUUGUAGUCAAAAGCUUUUUAUUUUUCAUAUUGGCAUGUAAGAAUUUCGAAAUAGCCGUCUAGUAUUAUCGGUGGUAUGAGCUACGACGUAUGUUUGUGAGCGCACGUUUCUGUAGCAUGGUCAAAAACGUGUUUUUCUGCUUUUCCAUUAUGACGUCACGGACUCUGUAGAUUCGAUUCGA